AUGGUCCUGAUGAGAGAGAUGCUGCCGGUGUCCCUCUGCCUGCUGCUGCUGCUGCCGUCCGUCACCUCGGGCUGCGGACCGGGCAGGGGAUACGGGAAGCGGAGGCACCCCAAGCUGACACCGCUGGCCCUGAAACAGUUCAUCCCCAACGUGGCAGAGAAAACCCUGGGAGCCAGCGGCAAGUACGAGGGCAAGAUCACCCGCAGCUCGGAGCGGUUCAAGGACCUGACUCCCAACUACAACCCCGACAUCAUCUUCAAGGACGAGGAGAACACCAACGCGGACCGGCUGAUGACACAGAGGUGUAAAGACAAACUCAACUCUUUGGCCAUUUCAGUCAUGAAUCUGUGGCCCGGGGUGAAACUCCGGGUCACAGAGGGCUGGGACGAGGACGGCCAUCACUCUGAGGAGUCUCUGCACUACGAGGGCCGGGCCGUGGACAUCACCACCUCAGACCGAGACAAGAGCAAGUACGGCAUGUUGUCCAGGCUGGCUGUGGAGGCGGGCUUCGACUGGGUCUACUAUGAGUCCAAAGGCCACAUACACUGCUCUGUGAAAGCAGAAAACUCCGUGGCGGCGAAGGCGGGCGGUUGUUUCCCUGGGUCGUCCAGGGUGAUCCUGGAAGAUGGAGGGACUAAACCACUGAGGGAGCUCCAGGCGGGGGACAAGGUGCUGGCCGCUGACCGACAGGGAAACCUUGUCCUCAGCGACUUCCUCAUGUUCAUGGACCGGGACAGAAAGACCGUGAGAGAGUUCCACGUCCUGGAGACCGAGGAGCCACGCCGCAGACUGACGCUGACCCCGGCUCACCUGGUCUUCGUGAUGAACAACAACCGUACCGACGGCAGCGCCGUCUGGCCUGUGUUCACUAGUACCAUAAAACCAGGACAGCAGCUUCUGGUCGUUGGGAGUGAACGACCAGACCUCCUCAUCCCUGCCAGAGUGACAAGAGUUCACCUGGAGCAGCACGAAGGGUCUUAUGCGCCUGUAACAUCUCAUGGCACCAUCAUCGUUGACCAGGUGUUGGCGUCCUGCUACGCGGUGGUUGGCGAUCAUGACCUUGCACACUGGGUUUUUGCCCCGGUUCGACUGUGGUGCUCGUUCGCGUCACUGGUUGGGAUGUUGACGGAGCUCAGCGGUGUGCACCAACCGGACGGAGUCCACUGGUACCCUGAGCUCCUCUACCACGUGGGGCGAUGGCUCAUGGACAGCAGUUGUUUCCACCCACAGAGCUGA